AUGACUUCCUCUAUUCGGUCUGACAAAGAGUUUGCAAAGACAGUGACCUACCACUUACAAGGAGCAGGUGCCUCGAAGCACCCUAUGCAUUCGUUUAUUGUAGAUGAGAAAACUGGUUAUGUUCGUGUCACAAAAGUUUUGGACAGAGAAGAAAUUGCCUUCUACAAUCUGACUGGAAUUGCACUCUACACAAAUGGAACAGAAGCAGAAAAACGCCUCGAUUUGCGUAUUAAGGUCCUGGAUCAAAAUGAUUGCAAGCCUACUUUUGCCCCAGUAAACCCUGGAGCUGUAAAUGAAUCAAGCCCAAAAGACACUUAUAUUAUGAAAAUAACUGCCAGGGAUGACGAUGAACCUGGUCAUCUAAAUUCAAAAAUUAAGUACACUAUUCUGGACCAACAACCAGGAGGAGAGAUUAUGUUCUAUAUUGAUUCAGAGGGUCACCUCUAUGUUCAGAAUCUGAAUCUUGACAGAGAAACACAGGACAGUUAUAAGUUAACUAUCAAAGGAACAGACCUCGAUGGUGCAGUCAAUGGCAAUACUGGAACUGGGACUGUUGUAGUUAACAUCCUUGACAUAAAUGACAAUCUUCCUGUCCUGGAGAAAGACAGUUAUGAAGGCAGCAUAGAAGAGAACACAGCCAACAUGGAGGUGAUGAGAUUCAAAGCCAUUGAUGCUGACUUGGAAUAUACUGACAACUGGCUGGCCCAGUAUGAGAUCAUUUCAGGAAAUGAAGCCGGGUACUUCAGCAUUGAAACGGAUCCAAAAACCAACGAGGGAGUUUUGAUGUUGAAUAAGGCUGUUGACUAUGAAGAACUCCAAGAGCUGGACCUCAAAGUUGCUGUGGCAAACAAAGCACCAUUCUAUCUCUCAGGGGGUGAAGGAGGUGGGGCAGGAGGUGAAGGAGGUGGGGCAGGAGGUGAAGGAGGUUGGGCAGGAGGUGGAGGAGGUGGGGCAGGGGGUGGAGGAACAGGAACUGGUGGAGGAUUCGGAAUAACCGGGACAGGGUACGGAAAAACGUACCCAGUAAAGAUCAGUGUGAAGAACCAGCCUGAGGGUCCCAAGUUCAGCCCCAAAGUAAAAGCAAUCCCCCUCUCUGAGGACAUCAAAAAGAUCAACCUCAAAAGUGUGAUUGGAAAAUACCCCGCGACUGAUGAAGACACCAAAAAACCUGCACAGAACGUGAGGUAUGCCAAAGGAUAUGAUCCUGACAACUGGCUCAUAAUUGAUGAAAAAACUGCUGAAAUCAAACUCAACAAAAUACCAGACCGGGAAUCCAAAUAUGUUGUUAAUGGAACAUACCUUGCAGAAAUACUCUGCAUGACUCAAGACAUGCCAUCAAAGACCUCCACUGGCACCAUUGCCAUCCAGGUGGAAGACUUCAAUGAUCACUGCCCCCAACUCACAAGCACUUCCCAGACUGUGUGCACAGAUGAUGACAGCCUGGUCAUCACUGCUAGAGAUGAUGAUUCUUACCCCAAUGGUGUUCCUUUUAUGUUCAAUAUCAUUCCUGAAAGUGCCAAGGAACAAUGGAAAGUGGAGCGCUUAAACGACACGACAGCUAUCCUGCGAGUCCAGAAGCCCUUAUGGCCUGGUCUCCAUGAGGUUACUGUGGAGAUAAAGGACCAGCAAGGAUAUGCCUGUCCUGACAAACAGGUGUUGAAUGUGAAGGCCUGCACCUGCACCGUGGACAAAGAGUGCCAUAGCAAAGCAAGGGAGGCGAAGGGGGCCGUGUUUGGGGCCCCGGGGAUUGGUCUACUCCUCCUUGGGCUCCUGAUGCUCCUCCUUGUACCCCUUCUGCUGCUGUUCUGUACAUGUGGGGGUGCUGGUGCUGGGGGGAUUGCAGGGGGCUUUGCCGACAUUCCCUUUGACACAAAAGAACACUUGAUUGCGUACCAUACUGAGGGACAGGGGGAGGAUAAGGAAGUCCCACUAAUGCACCCAGCUGCUGAUUUGGACAAUGGGUUCAGUAAAACUGGAUGCGCUCCUGUACCUGUAGGCACUGGUCUCCUGUCCACUUCCACGAUAGGUGGUGGUGCUAGUUCAUUCUUCCAAGGAAAUGACCUCAUGGAAAUGGAUUAUAUGACAAAGAGGGAAACAAUAGAUAAGGACCAAGGAAGUUCUUUCUUAAGGUUUGAAAGAGCUGAAGGUGAUAUAUAUGACGGAAUAGCCCUGCCUGAUUAUUAUCUGAAAGACUUCUUUGCACAGAAGGCCAGCUGUGCAGCAGGGAAUGAAGCCACGAAAGAAGACUUGUUGGCAUUUAACUUCGAAGGACACGGAUCACCCGUGGGGUCUGUUGGGUGCUGCAGUCUCCUUGAGGCAGACAAUGAUCUGGAAUUUCUGAACAACCUGGGCCCCAAGUUCAAAACCCUGGCGGAGAUCUGUAGAGGUCCAGAAGUGGAACCAGAGGUGUCCGUCCCACCACCACAGCCCAAAGCAGAACACACCACGAUGACAAGUGUGGUCACAAACAGUGCUCUCAGUGUGUCUAGUUUACCUCCACCCAGUAGCCAUGUGGAAAAGCAUGUUGUCACAGAGACGAGUCGCACGGCUACUCUUCCUAGUGUGACAGUUCGUGAGAACGCGGUGAUUCCUAAUCAGGCGUAUGUCAUUCAGCAGCCUGUGUACCUCGCCCCAACCCCUGUGUUGCAAACAACUCAGUAUGUUAUGGAGCCACAGGUUCACAGCACUGUGCUGGUGUCAGAGUUGCCCUCAGUUUCGAACAUGCAGACAAUGUAUGUAGUAGAUGGUGUUCCAGGCCCAGAAAGCAUGAUUAUGAAGGAGCGGGUUGUGACAGGUCCGGCUGUUGGAGGGGUGGUCAGCAGUAGUGUAGGUACUGGUCAGGUAGUGCGAGAGGGUUUAGUGGGAGUGAACUCAGGCCUUGUAGGCAUGAAGAAUCUCUAUGGAUCACAGAACCUUAUUUUAUUGGAAGGAGCAGGAAGCGGAGGCCAGUUUCUCCAGAAUGGAACCCUGCAGAAGCGUGAUCUGUCUGGAUCUCAGAAAAUCUUGCUGGUGGAUGGUCAGAUGGCAUCUGGACAGGUGAUCCCAGGAGGGUCUUCUUGGGUCCAGCAAGGGUCUCUACACAGGGGAAACCUUUCUGGGUCUCAGAACAUCCACAUUGUGGACGGACAGGGAGCCAGCGGAUUGGUAGUGCAGACGGGAACCUCAGGGUUGACCCAGGGGGUACUGCAGGCAGGUCAGCUGUCAGGAAUGCAGAGUGCAGUCUUUGCAGAACAAAAUGUGUCUUCCAGGCCUAGUGGAGUAAUGGGGUUAAGUGGAGGCUCUUUCCAAGUAAGUGGUUUUCCUGUCUCAGAGAAAGUGAUCACUAAGGAGAAGAAGGUUGUUUCUCUGCAGAAGAUAGCUACAGAAUGAGGACGUCAGUAAGCAGUGCAUUUUACUGUGACUUGUCAUUUCUUGUGGUCAUAGUGAGAGUUUUGUUAAGUAGCUGCUUCAUAAUACUAAUGAUACCAUUCAAUAUAGUUUGUCGUUUUUUCCAGUAUCAGUUUAUACAUACAGAAAUGCUAAUAUUUUCAUGCCCAGAAAUUUAUCAGUUGAAAUAUUCCAGUUGAAUAUCAAUGUAGUGGUAAUAAUUGCAGCUGAUGUUUAGCAGUAAUGCAGUGCUGACGCAUUUGCAUGUUAACAUGUUGUUAAAGGGCAGCUUCAUUGCUUGUAUCGCUACUCACAGUAUCAGAGUCAGAAUCCAGUGUUUUUGGCGAAAUAUGCACACACAAACAAGGAAUUUGGUUUCGGUUCACAGUGGCUCAUAGUGUAGAGUAGAUAAGACAUAUACACAUCAGGGGGGUGUGGUGGCGCAGUGGGUUGG